AUGGCACCCGCCCUUACAGAACCGCAGCCUUCUGCUCCUAGCGCUGGUCUCAAGCCGGCGCAUUACAAAGGCCCCAUCCAUGCAUACAAAGAGCCAGCAAGCUCGGGGCCAAGAGACUUUCAGAAGAAGGUAGAAGAAGAGGGAAGCGAAAACCAACCUGCCGCAACUUACCCACACUACCUGCCCGUAUGGGAAGACACAGUCUACCCCCCUCUGGAGCCAUUCACUCACUAUGAGCAUGGAAAAGACGCAGACCCUUCCUUCAAGGAUCUCUUUGGUGAAGGGGUAACGAUUGACAACCUUACUGCACCAAUCGGCGCAGAAGUCCGCGGUGUGCAAUUGAGCAAAUUGACCGACAAAGGCAAAGACCAGCUGGCUCUGUUCGUUGCCCAGAGGAAGGUUGUCGCAUUCCGUGAUCAGGAUUUGGCUGAUAUCCCGAUCAAAGAUGCUGUUGAGUUUGGUGGCUACUUUGGUCGCCAUCACAUGCAUCAGACCAGUGGAUCUCCUGAAGGCUUCCCGGAGGUGCAUCUCGUCCAUCGUGGAGCGGAAGAUACUACAGGCAGAGACUUCUUUACCACCCGGACCAACUCGGUCGCAUGGCACUCGGAUAUCACCUUCGAAGAACAGCCACCAGGAACAACAUUUUUGUACAUUCUUGAUGGUCCCACGUCCGGCGGCGACACUCUUUUCGCCAACCUUGCCGAGGCGUAUAACCGCCUAUCCCCUGAGUUCCAGAAAAGAUUGCAUGGGCUGAAUGCCCUGCACUCUGGAUUCGAACAGAUCCAAACCGCUGUUGACAAGGGUGGUCGCGCUCGGAGACAACCAGUCGCUUCUGUCCACCCACUUGUUCGCACUCAUCCGGUCACUGGAGAGAAAGCUCUGUUUGUCAACCCUCAAUUCACAAGAUAUAUCGUCAACCUGAAACGAGAGGAGAGUGAUUAUCUCCUCAAGUUCCUUUAUGACCAUAUUGCAUUGGGACAAGAUUUCCAAGCUCGAGUUCGAUGGCAACCCAAGACAGUUGUCGUAUGGGAUAACCGUGUGACGGCUCAUUCAGCAAUCUAUGACUGGCAAGACGGUCAACGGCGACACCUCGCUAGGUUGACCCCGCAGGCAGAGCGUCCCUACGAGACGCCUUUUGUCGAGCAGACCUCGUAAGACGGAGAUAAAGAUGCUGCAUCGAUUUGUUAGUGAGUUUCUAUCGUGAAAGAGGAACGAAAGGUACCUCAGCGGCCCCAGAAGCCGCAAAAUCGAUAUCAAUGAAGUAUGAACAUCUAUAUUAUUAACGCACAAAAUUGGUGCCCUUUUGUACGAA